GAACAUUCGACCACUGCUAUUCAGAGUUGCUGCUAAAAUACCAUGUCUAAGAACUCGGAGUACAUCAAUCUGUCAUUUUUAUUGGAUCAUGAGAAGGAAAUGAUUCUAGGAGUUCUAAAAAGAGAUGAAUAUUUGAAAAAAGUGGAGGAUAAGAGAAUAAGGAAGUUGAAAAACGAACUCUUAGAAGCAAAACGUAGAGGUGGGAAGAUUCAACAGGAAACCAGUAGAGUCUGUGUUCACUGUCAGAGAAACCUGGGCUUAAUAUUUGACCGGGGAGACCCGUGCCAGGCCUGCUCACUGAGGGUGUGCAGCGAGUGUCGUGUCACAGGCCUCGAUGGCAGCUGGAAGUGCACUGUCUGUGACAAAGUCGCGCAGCUAAGGAUUAUAACUGGAGAAUGGUUUUUUGAAGAAAAAGCAAAGCGUUUCAAGCAAGUCAAUGUUCUGGGCACUGAUGUUGUUCGGCAGUCCAUCCUAAGAAGAAAUCCAGAAGCUGAAGAAAUACAGAGCCAAGAGCAAGCCUGUCAGGAUGCAGAAAAAUCAGAUACUUCACCUUCUGUUGGGCAGAAGGCCAGCCAUGAUGGGCCCAGGAGAAAGGGAUUUCUUCUGAGCAAGUUCAGAUCAGCAACCAAAGGAGAAAUCAUGACUACAAAAACUGAAAGUGGGCAGAGCUACAGCUUGGACUUAGAGAGCCAAAACUUUUGGAGUUUAAAGUCAGUUCCCAGUUCAGACAGGGGAAGCACCGGUUCAUCAGAUCUCAAUGACCAAGAAGCUGGUCCUGGGACCUCGAAGGGCAGCCGGAAUGAAUGCAUGACCCCAGUCACUCAAAGGUCACCAGCCCCGAGCACACGCAGCAGGACCUCAGUCAUCAGUAGGGAGCAUGGUUUUGAUAAUUCCAUGGGUUUGGCUGCCAUUGAAAGCACCUCUGAAGACCUCACAAAGCAUCAUCGCAGAAACACUUCAGGCACACCUUCCAUAGCAGUAUCCAGAGCCUCCCUCUCCUCAGACCAGAGUCGGUCCGAAUUAGAUUUGAGUGGAUCAUUUUCAGAAGAUGUAGAGGAUGCUGUAAACUUAAGAAGGAAGUCUGUCACUGGGGCUUUAGGUAAAGACUUGAAUUCCUUGGAAGACACUGAAGAAGGCAUUGAUGACUUAGUGUCCUCCCAGUUUUCUGCAAACAGUCGCAGUCUAGCAAGUGGCCUGUCAACGAAUUCUCAAGCAGCCUCUGACAGGAAGUGGACCUACCUACAUGUGCCUGAUGCAGACUCAGACACUACCAGCCUUAACAGCAUGAUGAGUGUUUACAGUGAGACAGGAGACUAUGGCAAUGUGAAGGUCAGUGGUGAAAUCCUUCUCCACAUCAGCUACUGCUACAAAACUGGCGGGCUCUACAUUUUUGUGAAGAAUUGCAGAAAUCUGGCCAUAGGAGAUGAAAAGAAACAGAGGACAGAUGCUUAUGUCAAGUCAUACCUUCUUCCUGACAAGUCCCGAAACAAUAAGCGCAAGACCAAAAUCAGAACAGGCACUAAUCCAGAAUUCAAUGAAACACUAAAGUACACUAUCAGCCACACUCAGUUGGAAACAAGAACUUUGCAGCUCUCAGUCUGGCACUAUGAUCGAUUUGGACGUAACAGCUUCCUCGGGGAAGUGGAGAUUCCUUUUGAUUCAUGGAACUUUGAAAAUCCAAGUGAUGAGUGGUUUGCAUUACAGCCUAAGGUGGAGUUUGCCCCUGACAUUGGCCUUCAGUACAAAGGAGAGCUGACAGUCGUUUUACGCUAUAUUCCCCCAGAGGAAAACUUGAUUCUUCCACUAGGACAAGUUCAAGGAAAGAAGGCCUUUAAAAAGGGAAAGAAGAAGGAGUCAUCUGUGAUCUCUGGAGGAGUACUAGAAGUGUUCAUCAAAGAGGCAAAGAAUUUGACAGCGGUGAAGUCAGGAGGCACUUCUGAUAGUUUUGUGAAGGGCUACCUGCUCCCUGAUGAUAGCAAAGCCACCAAGCACAAAACUCUGGUUAUAAAAAGGAGUGUUAACCCACAGUGGAAUCACACUUUCAUGUUCAGUGGCCUGUAUCCCGAGGAUAUAAAGAAUGUUUGCCUAGAACUUACUGUCUGGGACAAGGAAGCUUUUUCCAGCAACAUCUUUCUAGGAGGAGUUCGUUUGAAUUCUGGAAGUGGUGUGAGCCAUGGGAAGAAUGUGGAUUGGAUGGACUCUCAGGGGGAAGAACAACGCCUUUGGCAUAAGAUGGUCAACAACCCUGGGACUCCAGUAGAGGGUGUACUCAUGCUCCGUUCCAGCAUGGGGAAGCGCAGGCUCUGAAGAGGACCAGUUCUCCAAGAAUGAGGCCUCCAAGGAACAUUUGGCUGCUGUUUCCUUGGGAACUAAGAUUCUGAUUCCCUACCAUUUCUCACCUGAGAUCAUUGGGG